AUGUCAUCGUUUAAUUUCUUGUGCAAUGCGCUUCUGAUAAUCAGCAUCAUAGGACCACUUGUGAAUGCUGGUUUUCUUCCUCAAGAGCCAGUUCAUUUCACACGAGCUUCGAGUCGGACUGAGACCAGCACUUCAACCAAGACGACCUCCUCAAGAUCCUUUCAGUCUUCUGUCAUGAAUAAACCUGCGGUGGUUCUCAGAAGCUUUCCACUAAGCCAGGAUGGAGUCAACUGCCAGUUUCAGUCCUUCGCUCAAGGCCGCCAAGGCGUCCAUUCAACUUCGUCCUCUAAUGCUUACGCUACUACGCCACGAAUGGUGGCUAAUUUGACACCACACAACUGCCAUGUCCGAUGUACCCAUGCUUCAUUGAAUUCUCCCAACAAGCACGACUGUCAAAAGGCUAUUAACACGAUGAGAAGUAUGAAACACCGUAGCAUUACCAUUGAGCCUCAAAAUUGGCUCUAUGUAUCAUACAGGACAUGCGCCGUUGUUUUUGAAAACCCAGGUCACCAGAACGUGGCAGUAAGGUACCAAUGGAACCGCUUAGCCGACCAGGCCGAACGACUUCAAUAUCAAUGCGCUGCAGGCUCAUCGGCAACUGGAUACGCAUCGCACUCUGAAAGUAGCGGAACAUGUUUCUUCUCCACCUGUGAUGUCAACGAUUCGACCGGCCAUCCGUCCAACUCUGGUAGAACCGCUAACGGAAAUGCCAGAACUUCAGGCGUUGAGAAUAGCGGAAUCAUGAUCACUUUCCAAAGAAACAGAUACAUGAAUUGA